AUGAAGCCCGUCGAUAUACCUUUGUCUCGGCGACUACGCAACGGCCAGCGGUUCCAUGACCUCAGUUCAGACCCUCCGUAUGCGCCUCCCACUCGUGCACUACCUUCGGUCCCGCAGAUUGAUACGCCGAUUCAGGGUUACCAGUUAACUGCAAGUGACUCUGAUAUCCAGGACUCGACACAGAGAGAUGCUUCUGGACUUGUUGGUGUGCCUCCGGCUGAGUUGGAACUGCCAUGGGGCCAAUACACAGCUUUGUCAACACUUUUAAAUGGCCUCGGAAACCUAGCUGAGGCCGAUGACUUUGGCUCUACGCCCUCGCUUUCGCCACCAGAGCCUAGUGGCGUGAAACGUAACGUCCCAGAAGAUGGCGUUGGCGAGCAGCCGGAGAGACCACUCAAAACAGCCCGUGUGGCACCUUCAGCUGAUCCCGAGUUGGCCAAUCUCACCUCCGACGAGUACUACGAUGGCCUCGUACUAGCCCCUGCCCACCUCGACAAUGGAACCAUCGACGGACGAUAUCACUGCUCUUGCGGGAAGUCAUACACACGGAGAUUCCGAUUGAAUGACCACCUCCAGCUAAGCAAUGGAGCCGCAAGAUACGUAUGCUCUCUAUGUCCUGCAACGUUCAAACGUGACGACAGUCGGCUGCGACACGAACGGACGGCUCAUCUUGGAGAAAAAUGGCCCUGUCCCAUCUGUUUCCGCACAUUUCGUGCAGACUACAUACACCAACAUCUGAGGUCGAAAGGUAAUGGCUGCCGCGAGGCCCUGGCAGCGGCUCUUCGAGUGCAAGGCACACCAGAAUCGAAACCUCUUACCGGACCAGUCUACUAUCAAUACUGGACGGCUCUUCCAUGUGCUGAAUAUCCAUAUGUAGAACCCCAAUCACCCUCAGGGCCAUCAGAGCAUGUCGUGCAGGGUAUCGACGUUGACACCUUUGCCGAGAGGUUCCUCCGAGACCAUCCUCCCAAAGUGCCACCAGCGUCCGUCUAUCGUAGUUCCAGAGAGCCGUGCAAUAUUUGCGGCGAGGAAUUCGAUCCAGAUGAGGACGACCUGAUCAGACACAUCCAGCAACACAGCAUCGAGCUCGCGACCAGACCAUUCUGCUGUGAGGAUUGCAACAUCGACUUCGCCUUCGCGAAAGAUCUCACUCGCCAUCGCAAACUGGCGGCUACAGGCCACUGUGGGUUCCACUUCGACCACGACGGUGAAUGCUGGGGUCACCAUCCAGGUGAUUUUUGGGGAAUGACAAGGCGUUUGGAAGCUUGGGAGACAUGUCAGAUACGAGCUCAUCGACUCGUCAUCUUGCAACUCUUGCUGGAACGUUUGGAAUAUCGCAGAGCCGCUCGAUUCUCGUUGAAUGACUGCUUCUCGGAAUUGGGCUGUUUGAAGACCAUGGACCGCUUCAGCAAGAUCAGUAUUAACAGCUUCAGUUCAGUCCCAGCUUGGGUGAAGAUGAGCGACGAUGGUGAAGUGGAAGAGUUGGCCAGACGGCUUGGGCUGUUAAACGUCAGUGGCAAGAACAGAGCCAGCAUGAUCGUCCCCUCCCGACCCAGACCGGAAUCGAUGGUGCUUGACAUGGCGUCGGAUGGUCAGUCAGGAGCAGAGGAACAACACCUACCGUUGAACCUGCACGAUGCUCAAGCAGACAUAAGCCUCCCUGGCCGCUCAACAUAUUUCCAAAUGGUUGGCAAAUUGCGAAAACCCUCCGAGUCCGCCGCGCCGUCACAGAACAGAUUUCGUCAAGCGGCAAACAAUGCAGCGAAGUUCCUCAAAGCAUCGAACAGUCAUGGAAGGGAGAUGCGACAUCUUGGCUCGACGACACGCUGA